GGUAAAGAUGGCGCCCACUCACGUCCUGAGAUGCUGUCAGCGGACUUUAGCAUGGAUUCCUGUCAUCUUCAUCGCCGCGGUGGUCUGCUGGUCCUACUAUGCCUACGUGGUGGAGCUUUGUCUCUACACCAUCAUCAGUAUAGGAGAGAAGAUUGUCUACAUGAUCUUCUUCCACCUCUUCUUCAUCAUGUUCGUAUGGUCGUACUGGAAGACCAUCUUCAUCCAGCCUGCGAACCCCUCCAAAGAGUUCUGUUUGCCCAAAGUGGAGAAGGAGCGAUACGAGAAGGAGGAGAGGCCGGAGAAUCAGCAGGAGAUUUUAUGGAGAGCUGCCACUAGUCUGCCUCUGUACACCCGCACAGGAGCUGGAGGUGUGUCAAUCCGUUACUGUGACCGCUGUCAAGUCAUCAAACCUGACCGCUGCCACCACUGCUCCGCCUGCGACAUGUGUGUGCUGAAGAUGGACCACCAUUGUCCCUGGGUGAACAACUGUGUCGGAUUCUCCAACUACAAGUUUUUCAUCCUCUUCCUGGCUUACUCGCUGCUGUACUGUUUGUUCAUCGCAGCCACCGUGCUUCAGUAUUUCAUAAAGUUCUGGACAAAUGAGCUGAAAGACACUCACGCCAAAUUCCAUGUCUUGUUUCUCUUUUUUGUGGCGGCCAUGUUCUGCAUCAGCAUUCUGUCUCUCUUCAGCUACCACCUGUGGCUCGUAGGGAAGAACAGAUCCACUAUAGAGGCGUUCAGAGCCCCGGUGUUCAGGGCCGGCUCCGAUAAGAACGGCUUCUCUCUGGGUUUCCGGAAGAAUAUUGCUCAGGUGUUUGGAGACCAGAAGAAGUUCUGGCUGCUGCCCGUCUGCACCAGUCAGGGAGACGGGCUGACGUUCCCCACCCGGCUGGUGAGCGCUGACGUGGAGCAGCAGGCCACCGUCACCCUGCAGCAGGAGCCCAGCAAGAGUGCUGUUGAAGUCCCUGAGAGUCCUGUGAGCGAGUCUCAGAACCGCCUCCUGAGCAGCGAGCAGAACGCCAACAACGUCGCAGAGCAUCAGGAGAACAACACACACACACCAGCUGAAAGUGAAACCAUCUCAAUCUCCAUCGAGAGCGAGUCCUAACGAGGAGAGCAUCCUCGGUCAUCCUAAUUCGAUGCCUUAAGCAACGCAACAGUUCAGAUUGUCUACAUGGCAACGGUCUCCCAGAGCAACCGCAUCCACACACCAUACAGUAACCAUGGAGAUGCAUCAUUUUCACCCAACUGUGAAGCAUCUAUUCUACGGCAUUGGCAUUUUUCCGCAUGCUAAUCUCACACCUACCUACCCCUGGAGGACAGGAUUGAUCCCUCACACACACACACACACACACACACACACACACACACACACACACACACACACACACACGCCCACACACACACAUUCAGCUAUAUACAUAUACCUUGUGUUAUUUACUCAUUUUGUGUUGAGCAUUUAUUGAUGAGACGGAAGGAAUAUGAGCUUCUUUUUUAAAACUUUUUUGUGCCAAAAGCUUAAUUUCGUCGGCACAAAGCUGCAGUGCGGACGAGCGGAGGGACAGCUGGAGUGUUUUGAACAUGUUUCGAGUUUUUUUUUUAGAAAAGGCAGUACAUCCCACGGAGAUGCAUCAGUUGACCUGUGUGACAGAUUUUCUUUGCCUUUUUUAUUUUUAACUCAUAAUGUUGGAUUUAUGGUCUACAACUUUCCUGAGAUGGAUGUUUCACGGAGGAACUCAGACUGAGGGAUUUGGAAAUGAGAGCACAAGGUGGCGCAUUUGCACUUUGUAGAUUAUCUAACAACGACGUGCUGCUUCCUUUUUCUUUUUUUAAAACCAUGUCCAAAAAGCAUCCCAGGUAUUACGGAUGUUGGAUGUUCAUGUGAGUUAUUGUUUGUGUGUAACAGUCUUUUUUUUUUUUUAAACAAAUAACCGCAUCUUAAAGGUGGGGUAGGUACAUUUGGAGAAACCAGCUCGAGUGCGCUAGAAUUUGAAAAUACA